GCUUUAGCCUUGGCUUCAACCUUGACCUCCUUGUGCUUGUCUCUCAUCUCCCCACAUCUCUACGAACUACCAGGACUCUCUUCGACUAUUCAACAUGGAUGAUAUCAUGAUAGAGGACGAGAAGAAGCCAUUCGACGCAGAGACUGCGCAAAACGAGGAAGAGACUCAACCAGAUCCAGAAGAGCAGCUCAUUAUGGAUCAAGGGAAUGGACGGGUGUGGCUUGUCAAGAUUCCUCGGUACCUCAUGGAACGCUGGUCACGCAUUGACCAAGAAGGUGUCCACCUUGCCACAAUCCGUGUCUAUCACCAUGCAAAGAGUGUAACUGGCAAGAAGCCUCGAAUUAUCAUGAGACUACCCCCGAAUCCCGAGACUCCAGACAUUGAUGGCGACGAGUACGAGCUGGAUAUGGUCAACGAUGCCGUGGAGAACCAGAUUGUCAUCGCAGAACGUGAGAAGGAGCCUGGGAUGAAUAAUCGUGCACGGACUACUAUCUUGACCGGACGGGUUAAGCAUGAGUGCAAUCUAAGACCUUCCUUGACGGAAGGAUACCGUCGAAGAAUGAAGGAGAGGACGAAAGCCGCCAAUACACAUACAAGGACGAUCAAGCGGAUCGAAGACGAGCAUCCUGGUGGCAGAGGUGGCAUCAAUAUGCUUACGAGUGGUAUCUCGAACACUAAGGGCUUCGUCGAUCUUGUCAGAACGAAGCCGAAACCUGUCAAAGGCCAAUUCGAGCGCAUGGCCCGUAUGCCUCGCGACCAACUCUUCGAUGCGCUGUUCAAUGCAUUCCGCGAAAAGGAGCAUUGGUCUAUCAAGGCUCUGCGAGAGAAAUUGCAACAACCCGAAGCUUAUCUCAAAGAGGCUCUCAGUGACAUUGCAACCCUUCAUCGUUCUGGAGAGUAUAACGGCACUUGGGAGCUUACGGAGAACUAUAAGCGCGAUGUGGUUAAAGGAGAGCAUGUUGUCGCACCACCUCCACCUCCUGGCGGAUACCCUGGAGAAGUCAAAAUGGAAGGAGAAUAUGAGGAGGACGAAGAGGAGGAUGAGGAUGAGGAUAUGGAGGAGGUCUCAUGAUCAGCACGAGUGCGCCCUGGUUUCUCUUAAGUUAUUCGCUUUCCGUUCUCGCGUAGAUUAGUAUCAUCAUAGUCGUCAUUCUCGCCACAUUUGUAUUCAUACUCAUCGUUCAAAUCCCACGGCCGUUUCCC